AAAAAUCACACUCGAUGGUUUACCAUUUUUUCUUAAGUAUGGUGCUCCGCUCGCGCGGGUCUUCGGCCCACUCGCGAUUUCCGCUAAUAAUAACACAACAACGGUUUUAUUAGAAUUCCUUUUGUCCCAAGGAUGGAUGUCGAUGACCAUUUGGCUACUGCUUGUUAUAAAGUAUCGGUAGAUUGUCCAUUCAAGGAUCAGGGAUGUUUAGCCCAAGUUGAACGACAACAUGUCGAUAAACACGUACAAGACAACAUGGCACCACACAUGAUGUUACUGGCCAAAGAAAACAAACAGCUAAAGGAGGAAUUAAACCACGUUAAGGAAACCCUAAAAAAGUCCCAAGGAAGUUAUCUAUGGAUAACAAACUACGGUACUGAAAGCCCAAUAUUCCUGGAAUGUGGACACAGAUGGAAGUUGUUCUUAUAUUAUAAGAUAGAUGAUUUCAUAAGUUUUUAUUUAACUUGGUUUGGAGAUAUUCAUGGUUUAAAGACUCAAGACAUAACAGCAUUUGUAAGGYUAUCGGUUCUGAGUAACACUCCAGAAAAAGCCAAUUGUACUGUUGCUCGAUUGCAUUCGUUUACCAAAGCUGAGGAUACCUUAGAGUUUCGUAACGUCAUGGAAAAAAUCGAUGCUGAAUUACCAGCCUACAUUAAAGGAGGUUUGAAGAUCAAGUGCUCAAUACAAUUGUGUUAUUCAGACUAUUAGUAAGAGAAAUAACUCUAGUUUUAAUUCUUCAUAUACACCAAUUUCAAAAAAAAACCUUGUCGGUCGGAGAUCUUAAAUCUGAAACCGAAAUAAAUUGUGGAUCGUAAGCUGGUAAUUGCAUAAUAUGAAUAUGAAUAAUAACUGAAUAAUAUAAA